AAUGUCAAAACUGGUUUCUUUUAGAUUUAUCUCUAACUUCUCUGCUUUUGAUUUUGAUAUCCUUGUGGUCAGCCAGUGUGUAUUUGAUACUUUCACUUAACAUUCAAAUAAAAUGAGAUCUCUUUUACUUAUCUUGUGUUAUCUAACUGUUAAAAGAACCAUGGCAUUAAAUGCACAGACUUUGCCCGUUGAAUCCAAAAAACUGUUUGUGCCACCAUUAGCAGAACUUGCUGAAGUUGUUAAAAAAUCUUUACAAACCAACUUUGCUGAAGUAUCUGUGGAAGUAGUGGACUGUCCAGAUUUAACUAAAGAACCCUUUACAUUAGCAGAAAGUGGUCUUGGUGGAAACCCCAAAUUAAUAGAAUUAGGUGGCAAUCCUUACCUAUUGCCUAGUGUGAAAAGAGAUAAAGUAUAUGAUGUAAAAGAUAUUGUCAAGCUUGCUAAAGCUGAUCCUGCAUUUCUCAUUGGGCCUGGAGCUGGACCUCAUCCCUACAUUGGUGGCAACUGUGAGGGUAUCUAUGACAUUUUGAUUAAAAGUGGAACUGUAAUUAGGCAAGAGACUAAAAUAUCCAAAGUUGACGCAAAUGACGAUAAGUCCGAACAAAAAUCCAUCCCAAAAGAAGAGACUCGAGUAGCUUUACUUGCAAAUUUCUUUGUAUCGGAAGGAAAACCUGGAAAGGUUCUUAAAGUGCACGUGAAAAAGCGCACAGGUGAAGAUAACUUCAUUACAUCGAUAAGGAAAGCCAUAGUGGAAGAAUAUAAGGAAUUAGUGGGUCUUGGUGGAGUGUUCCUGCUUAAAGAAGGCAAAGCGAAACAGCACGUAAUGCGCGACUUCUCAAAGACCCCCAUAGAAAACGAAGAGAUGCUAAACCAAUGGCUCAAAUUCUAUAAUAUGUCAGCCCCCCUUAUUGCCGUUGGUACUUUGGUGAAUAGCGAUGGUGGGGACCUUGACUUGCGUGUACAACAUUUCCACAGUUUUAGUCAUCACAACGAGGCUGGUCAUUACCACUAUGAUACAACACCAGACACUGUAGAAUACUUGGGAUAUUUCAACGUUGGCGAAGAAAUCUACAGAAUCGAUAAACCUGUUGAUACUCAUUAUUGGGGCCGAGAUUAAACUAUAUAAUAGUUCGGAAGUGAUAUUUCUUCCAUAGAAGAGAAAGAAGGUGCUAAAAUUUAAGCCAGGGCAGGGAGUUAAUACAGAGACCAACAAUGUUUAUUUUAAAUAAAUAUAUUUUCAUA